AGCACAAAAGUAUUUAUUAGAUUUAGCAAAAUACACGAAAAACUUAGAAAAUAAUAAUAAUUUCAAAGUUAACGGCUUAAUAUCCAACAUCGAAAUUAAGGGCCAUUUUUACAUUAUGCAAAAGUAUUUUAUUUGCGAAUAAAUUACUCUAGUUUAGGGUAAACGUUAGUUCCGUGUCUCUCGUAGUAUAUUGGUUUGCUCACAGCGGGUACGAAAAAUCCUUGUUUAGUUUAUCUUUAAAAAUAAUCCUGUGAAUACGAAUCACCAAUUCAGAUGGCGUUAAAGAUCCUGCACCAAGGACAGAAGCUGGCGAGGAAUGCAAAUCACAGUGUUAGGUUUACCAGCGAUGAAUUGCCUAAAUAUAAAUCAUUGGACUCGGCGGACUCAAGCGUGCAGAACUAUGGACCGCAGUCGUACCCGGGUGACGACUCCGGAGCCCCAAGUCCCGACGCUUGCCACUUCCAGCCAGCUGCGCAAAGGUUUCGUCUCAACGAACAACGAAUAAAACUCUUGACCUCAAUCAAUCAAAUAGUGCAGCAGAGAGCUGACCUCGAAUCUAAUCGCAUCACACUUACAAAUCUUCUAGAAGAAUUGAAAAGAAAGCUGAAAAGACGAAUAGAGGAAUGUCAUUUCGAGAAGAAGGAAAAAAUGAAGGCUUUAAAGCAAGCCAACCUGAGACUGGAAAAGGAAAAGUUUGGGAUCAUGUCCGAGAUCGAGCACCUCAAGCGACACUUAGAAAAAGAAGAGGCUCAUCACGUCCAGCACGCAAGACAAGCUGUUGCACAGGCUAUACAAGGCGUGGUGACUAAGGCGCCGCCGCCAGAACACCUGUUCAAUCCUAUAUCGCUGGCCGACCUGCCUAACAUGGUCAGCAGGAACGUAGCCAAGAACGCACCGUCACGAAUUGCAGAUAACAAGCUGGCAGCCGCGCGGCUCAUGCGCGACAUCGCCGAGCUACGACAGAGGGUAGGCCAAAUUGAGGCAAGGCUGGCUAAUGAACUAAAGCGUAAGAGGCAGGCUGAGCUCGACAUUGUGCGACUAAGGAAAGAGUUGUCAGCCACCAAGAGCUGCGUGGCGUCGCUGCGCAUGCCACCGCCGCCGCUGCGGAAACAAUGCUCCAAAUUCGCAUAAAAAUAUAGUACCUAUUUGGUGCAUUUUAAUCUCACAUCCUAAUAAAAUCAGUAAUGUA